UCGCCGCCUCUCUUGCUUUCGGGGGAAUUUUUGCUUUCCCCUUCUCAAACACGAAAAUUAGUAAAAGAAAAAGAAAAACAGAUCAGGAAUUUAUAUUUUACACGUCCCAUCAUCUCCUGCUUAUUUUCUUUCUAUCAAAAACUUUCCCGAGAAAAUAUAAUCAAAUCCAUGGACUCUUGGCCUGUUAACUGGGAAGCACUGGACGCUCUCAUCAUCGAUUUCGCCAAAUCAGAGAACUUGAUCGACGACUCUUCGCCACCUUCUUCUCCUUCUCUCCCUUAUUCUUAUCAUUCGAGGUUAAUCAUUCGCCACAUCCGGCGGUCAUUAGAGGUCGGUAACAUUGACGCUGCCAUUGAUCUCCUCCGACUUCACGCUCCUUUUGUCCUAGAAGAUCAGCGCCUUCUCUUUCGGUUACAGAAACUGAAUUUUAUUGAGCUAUUGAGGAAAGGGACUAGGGACGAUCGUGCCUUCGCAAUUGAUUACCUAAGGAAGUCUCUUGCUCCUUGUGCUCUCAAUGCCUAUCCGGAAGCCUAUGAGGAAUUCAAGCAUGUGCUUCUUGCCUUUAUAUAUGACAAAGAUGAUCAAACUUCCCCUGCUGCAAAUGAGUGGGCUGAGAAGAGGAGGUACGAGAUUGCUGGAUUAGUGUCUUCUGUUUUAAGAGCUCACAUUCAUGCAUAUAAUCCCAUCUUUUCAAUGACGUUGAGUUAUCUGAUGAGCAUACAUAAAGUAUUUUGCUUUAGACAAAGAAUUGUAUCACCCAUUUCAAGUCUUACUGAGAGAUUGCUCCUUGAGGAACGUGACUUCCCUGCAAUACCUCCAGAUAAUUUGUAUGAGGCACCUGCGUUUGAUGAGGUGGAUAUACAGGCUCUUGCACAUGCAGUAGAGCUUACAAGACAAGGGGCUAUUGAUAGCUUGAGGUUUGCCAAGGGUGAUCUGUUUGAGGCAUUUCAGAAUGAAAUAUGUCGAAUGAGAUUGGAUGAUGCAGUGCUUGAUGAACUUGUUCGUGAGUACUGUGUUUACAGGGGAAUUGUUGAAUCUGGAAUGAAAACACUUUCUGAACCUCUGAAAGGUAAUCCUCUAGAGUCUGGAUGUUGUUCAUCACCAGAAUCUUCCAUUGAUGUCGAUCAUAGAGGUGCUAAGCGUUCAAAUAGUGAAACUUCUGCUACUACUGAUGUGAGCAACAUGCAAGGAACUGACGUCAAAUUAAGAUUUUCUUCUGAGCCCACCAACAACCACGAAGAUUGUAGCCCCAGUGGAUCACAUCAUUCUGAAAAUUCAAAUCUCUUGAGAAACAGAAACCAUGGAACCGGUGAAAGAAGUAAACGUAAGCGAUGGAGGGGAAGAUGUGAUGAACUGGAUUUUAUUUCUGAUAAUCAUUAUAAUCGAUACGGAAAACAAGAGGUUAGCACUGCAUUAGAAAUUGCCAGUACAACUGUCUCAAAGGGAGUGGAAAAUACCAACGAGGAAGACAAAUAUGAAAUUGUUCUUCGGAUGAAGGAGCUAGCUAGCAGAGGAAUGGCUGCUGAGGUCGUGGAGGAAAUUAAUGCAUUGGAUCCAAACUUCUUUGAGCAAAAUCCUGUUUUGUUGUUCCAACUCAAACAGGUUGAAUUUCUGAAACUGGUUGGGUUGGGUGAUCAUUCCGGUGCUCUAAGGGUUGCAUGCUCCCAUUUAGGCCCCUUAGCUGCUCGUGACUCCAAUUUGCUGAAGCCCUUGAAGGAGACUUUGGUACAAUUGCUUCGCCCAAGUGAAGAUACACUUGUGACAAGCUUGCCUUUACAUGCUCUCGCAAGUUCACUUCAAGUUGCUUUUGGGAAGAGGCUUGGUAUCGAGGAGCCUCAGCUGAUGAGGAUAAUGAGAGCAACUCUUCACACACACACCGAAUGGUUCAAACUGCAGAUGUGUAAAGAUCGGUUUGAGAGUCUUCUGAGAAUUGAUUCAUUGAAGGAAAAUAGCACUCCUGUGUUAACUUCCUUGACUGCUUCAAAGUCAAAUGCUGAAAGUUGCACCCUUGGGUCCUCUCAACUUACUGUUUCUUCAGCCACCCGUGUAUCGGACGAUGGCAGCAGUCCCAAUCAAGCAUCAUCAAGAGAUGUUAUUUGUGACGAGAAUGCAAUUCUUAAAGUAAUGGAAUUUCUGGCAUUGCCAAGGGCUGAUGCAAUCCAUCUCCUAGCACAGUACAAUGGAAAUGCUGAGGCAGUUAUCCAGAUAAUAUUUGCGUAGACAUUUUACAUGUGAUGUAAAAAACACACUUGAUGGUGAUAAGAAGUCUGAUAUUUUAUUUGUUUAUUAUUUUUUUAUCGAGAAACAAUACUAUUUUAUUCAAUUUAUAUAUCGGUUGUAGAUAUUAUAACAAAAAGUAGACUUCAGAAGGUUACUCUCAUUGGCAUUUCUUUACAGGAAAAAA